AGGGGGAUCAGCCUGCCUGAGCCGAAAUCGAUCGCAAAUAGCUGGCGAAGUAGUGCCAGCCAGCAGCUAAGACCCAAAGCACAGGAGCGCACCACGCCUGCGCAUGCAUGCGAGCCAUGCGGUGGCUCAUGAUCACAGCCGCCUGCCUGGCCGCGGCGACGGCGGAUGAAUACGAAUUCUGGGACGCAUGUGCAGCCGGAGACACCAAAGAGAUGGAAAACCUGCUGGACGCAGCAGCGGACAUCGACCUGAACUAUCCGGACGAGGACGGCCGCACGCCGCUCCUGCUCGCGGCGCUCCAGGACCGCGCGGCCGCGGCGCGCUUUCUUUUGGAGCGGGGCGCGGACGCCGAGGCCGUCGGGCGCUGGCCCGGGCCGCCCGACGGCCCGCUCGCGACGGCCGCGGCGCUCGGCCACGUCGCCACCAUGGACGCGCUGCUGGAAGGCGGCGCGUCCGCCAACGCGGCGACGGGGCCGGACGGCCGGACGCCCCUCAUCGCCGCUGCGGAGGCUGGAUCAUCAGAAGCCGUCGCUCUACUCUUGUCCGUGGGCGCCGCGGUCGACGCAAGGCGCGCCGACGGCGCGACGGCGGCGUGCGCGGCGGCGGCGGGCGGCCACGGCGAUGUUUUAAGACGAUUGCUGGAUGCGGGGGCCGAUGUCCACGUCGCGGACACUUUAAGUGGCGAGUCGCUGCUCCACUACGCGGCGCGCGCGCCGACGGCCGACGCGGUAGAAGUGGCGCUCGCGGCCGGCGCCGAUGUUGGUAGAAGGUCCGGCGUCGGCGUGCCGACGGACGUGUCCGAAGCGUAUGACGAAGGCCAGGAGCCGCGGCGCGAGGACUUGAGAGGAGGCCUCACGCCGCUCAUGGCGGCGGCGGCAUCUUCAUCACACGAAGCCCUGGAGGUUCUGCUCGCCGCCGCGAAGCGCUCGUUGGGAUCGGAUUUCCCGUCGUACGUCGACGCCGUCGACGCGAGCGGCCGGACAGCUUUAGCUUGGGCCGCCGCGGCGCCAAUCAGGUCGACGGCGUGCAUUGAGCUCCUCUACGCGUCUGAUGCGAGAGACGACUCGGCGACGGUGGACGGUCUAAGUGUGCUGCACCUCGCGUCACAGGGCAACGCGCGCGCGGUCGCGUACUUUGUGGACGUGAAAGGUUUCGACGUCGACCAGCGCGCGCUAACGGAGAAGAGGCCCACGCCAUUGAUGCUGGCAUCAAAAGCGGGCGCGGUCGCCGCGGCCAAGGCUUUAAUACGGCGCGGCGCGGACGUCGACGCCGCCUCUACAAAUGGCGCGACGGCCCUGCACGCCGCCGCGGCCGCGGGCCAGACGGCCGUCGCGCGGCUGCUCCUGAGGCGCGGCGCGAACGCGCUGGCGCAGGACGCCAGGGGCGAGUUCCCGUCGCAAGCCUGCCCGAAGACGCCGCGCGGCCGCGCGCUCAAGUACUCGCUGAGCCGCGCGGAGCGCCGGGCCUGGGCGAGGCUUGAAAAAGAGUUCGGUGGCGUCGAGCCGCCCGACGCGGUCGCCGAGGACGGCGUCGAUUCUUCGGUUGUUGAGGAUCUCGAGGACGACUCGGUCGUCGACCUCGACGAGCGCGACGAGCUUUAG